AUGCUGAAGCCUGAUAUCCUGGGAAUUCAGGCUUUUCGCACUGAUUCCUUGCUUCGGGAGUGGUGGGAAUGGACUCUCGUGGCGAUUAUUAGUGCCAGCAGCCUGGCUGGCCUUGUGGCAUUCGUCUGGUUCUCGUACCGGUCUAUUCGAAGCUCUUUUAGGGCCAAUAAAGACGAGCGUACGCUGCCGCGGUCGGUACAAGAACGCAUCCAUCUCCUCUCGAAUAGCUCAAACGUCGUCCGCAAACGCCAUAAUCUUGCUACGAAGCCUUCAUCGUUUGGUGUAUAUCUAGGUCUACUUAGCGAUCCAAUCACAGAAGAGGAGGGGCAGAUACUUUCACGAUGGGAAGCUGUAGUACUAGACUAUUGCGAGCCCGGGGUCCUAGCAGCCGUUAGCGAUGGCAGUGUUCCAAUGGGCCCUCACAUAAUCGCUAGGCUGGAUCUGCUCCAGAUCAUCAAGUUUGCGGCCAUGGACAACGAGCUUGAUAUGGCGCGCACGGUAUACAUAAUCUCGUGGAUCAUUCAGCAAACUUUGCGACAACCAGACCAACGAAGAUACUUCACGGGCGUCCUCGUUGCUGGAUGGCGUGAGCGCAUCUCCACUCCUCUCCUCAACGGACUAGCGAAACUUCUGUCUGCAUACGGUUUGGAAGUCUACCUGGAGGUAGGCCCUCCAAAUUUCUUGGAUGGCAUUGAGAAGCUCGAUAUCAAGUUCUUUGCUGGAAUGGUUGUUCGGAAUGGCACAAUUAUGUCCAACGGAGACCGUCGAGACUUCUUUGAUAUGGACAAGAUGAAGACUACAACAAAAGCCUUCGUCUCACAAGCUUGUCAACGGCCGUUCAUCACCAUGAUGUGGGAUACCAUUGAAGAUGACGCCCCCCUUUCCCAUGCUGUAGUGAGAAGAGCGCAUAUGUGGUGUAAUUACCACGGCGCUGUCCCAUACUUUACACGUCAACGAGCUCUAACUAGCAUUCAUGAUGUUCGGUCCUGCGAAGAACCGUUGGCAGCAUUCCAAUGGCUGAAGAACAAAAGGGUCAUGAACGUACACGAAACAUAUCGUACAACGCGCACACUUUCUGCAGGUUUUUCGAGUAUCAUCGACGACUAUCUUCCGUUGCAAGAGAUUUUUCCACUUCUCUCUGAUACCCUUGCUGGCUUAGAUGGCUCGGCAUCUGACGACGACGAUGCUUCGAGUACGUCUACGCUCAUCGUACAAUACCCGGAAAUUGAUGAGAAUGGGGUCCUGCUCCCCUCAGCACCGUUAUCGCCUGUUUCCCCGGGCCUGGACUGGCAAUUGGCCCUGGAGAAGCGCACAUGCAAUCCUCUAUCAUGCUCGUAUGAUGGAGCAUUGUAUGGGUCUUUAGGUUGCUUCCCAAUCGGAUUCAACGCCUCCAAGGCGGAUUUCGAUCAUAUUCUAAAAUCACAACGACGACUACGGGAGCUGAAGUUGCUCAGUAAACCCGCCACAAAGCAACUACAUGCAGCCGCCAAGAUUCUCGGCGGCUACAGCCUAGACAGAAGCCGCUUCUUGGACGAUGUACCUACAUCACGGGAAGCCAUUUCAGUCCUCGCAGAAGCAUUGGCUAAGAUCACUGAUGAGGCCGAUGACCUCUAUGAGCUACAAGUUUAUUCUGGGCUGGACUCCGGAUUCCACACGCCAAGCGGCAGCCAAUUUUGGGCAGUUUGGGAAGUCGAGCCAAGGACAAGAUCUACAAUAAUAUACAUCUCAAAAUCGGUCCAGGAUCUCACUGGGGUUUUGAUUCAUACACAUUUGAGCCGAUUAGGGUUUUCGAGGUAUCAAAGCUUCCUAGUCGAGUAUGGCUUAAGCUCCUCUCAGGCUGAACCACGCCUCUCGAAAUGGAUCCCAGAAAGACUCGAACAGGACCUGAGUUUGCUUUCAUCUUCGGACCUCCUCCUCUAUCUCCAACAUCUUCAAUACUCAGCUUGGAACGACGAAUGUCCACUACUCUCAGCUCUCCGCGAACAAUGCGAGGAGUUGCUCCUUGACGUGCCCACCUACCAGCAAUUCAAGAAGCUCAGCAACAUGGAUUACAUUAGUGGUACGAUUACGGACGAACAGCUUGUCAAUGCCAAACUUAAAUGGUACCGUCUCUGUCACCUUCCAACACUCGACCGAAAUGAUGCCCUCGAGCUAUUUAGACAUGUCUCGGAAACCUUUUCCGAUAUAUUAUGGUGGCGAGACCACGAAAAGCUGGAUGCAAUCACUUCCUCCAUUGAGAGUAUUACCAACAGAGGAAACCUUGACUCCGCCGCAGAUUUCGUGCUCUUUUGCAUAUUCUGCUCGGCAAGAAAAGCAGGGUUCGACGAGGUGUACAUCGAAGUGUCGGACCGAAACCCUUUGUUCAACCAGUACUCAGACCAGAGCGCUGCCUUUGCAGAGCUCUUUGCUCUUGGUUCCCGUUGUGAAGCAUACUUUGAUAUCAAGCCAAGCGACAUCGGCAUGUUGCUAUCCAAAAAGCAUCGAGACUACUACAAUGAAGCAGAACAUCAACCUCCAAUGUGGAUCUUUAACGCCCCGUCGUUUGCUUCUGCCUACGCCGCUGCUCAGACUGAUAUCGACCCUAACCAAAAAUCUUCCGUAAUGCCCGCAUAUCGUCGAUUUACCUUUCUCAGUGUCUUUGCGAUACCGGCUCUCGUUGACAUUGUUCUCCUGUCAACGACCGGGCGUGGACUUUACCUGAGUAUACGUAUGAGCGAAGCAGAGAAGUACUAUGCUACCCUUGCUCUGAUGUGCUCUCUGCUCCUUUCUGGGGCCAUCGGAACCUGGAUCUCCAUCGGAGGCACCUACUAUCUUAUCUCCAUGGCAUUCUCCGCGGCCAAUAUGUUCGUUCUCACACGCUUGAUCGGUGGUCUCGCUUUUACACUUGCCGGAUGUCUUUUAGGAUUCAUUAUUAUUUCCGCUGUUGUAGGGCCGGAGCUCGGAGCCGUAUUUUUCUUCUACCUCUUUGGAUUAACAGCAUAUCUAUCCGUCCUGGCUGUCCUCUCUACCUAUCAAGUCCCCGGGUCGAGCUUCUUGAACGGGCGUAGAGUGAUUAUUAUGGUCGUCCCAACUUUGAUCAUCUCACCUAUCAUAACUAUGUUCAUUCCAGGACAGGACAUCAUCAUUUACCCUAGUAUACUCUACAUCUUUGUUAUUCUUCUCUUCCUUGGCACUCGGCAUGUAGCUACUCAGUGGGUCACCUGGUAUCACGACAUCAAAACGCUGAACGAUGCCGAUGUAAAGGACUGGUACAUACAGAGAUACAAAAACCGUGAACGCCUUGCAAACACAGCUCCGAGUAAAGCGAAGAGACUGAGCAAAAUACCAAGGCUAUCCCUCGCCGCAAGCGUCUCUGUCGCUCCUUCUUCCGAGAUGUCUUUCGGCGAACCAGAUAUCUUUCACGACCUGAGUGAGCCAGCGAUCCUUGCCCUAUGUCGUAAGGAUCUGUACGACGCGGUGAUGAAGGAGAAAGAGCGUCCCUUCUGGCGAAAACCUACGGAAGAUCUAUUCGUCAAACGCCUUGCAAAUUGCUGGGAGUCGACGGUUUUUCUCCUCGAUUGGUAUUGUCGCAUUACGGACACUAAGCGACCGAUUCCUUAUAGCUCAACCUGGAACCUCGAAACGCAGGUUGCACUAGAAAGUAUGCAGCAGUCGCAAAAGGGCAUAAAGCUUCACAACUCAUUCAUCCAUUGGCGCACGGCCGGCGACGAAAUCUAUUGCGGCAUUCUUUAUUUCCUCGUUGCCCUCAUGGACCGAUGGCUUGACCUAUUGCGUGGCGGUCAACUAGUUGGUCUGGGAAGCGAAAUGAACACGACCCUCCGUUUGUCCGUUGGCUUUGGUCUUGCUUACUAUCUUAUCGGCGCUGUACUACUCGACUACAAGGCACAACAUCUCCACACGCUGUCUGAACAAAUGUCACCAAUCUCAAUCGAAGAUUUAGCUCAGAUCAGAAAGGCUAAAGCCAACGAUCAAAAGUUCAGACGACACCUCUAUUUUAACACCUUGUGUCGUUUCCUUGGCAUCCAUGUGUGGGCACUAGCACUUUGUGCCGCCCUCAUCUGGAUCUUCAAUGGCUCACCAACUGGUUUGGUCAUGUUUUUGGCAUAUGUGGGUUCCUAUAGCGGGCUGCUGCUUUACCAGUAUAACAAGAUUUUUUCCGGUCCUCAUGCACUCAUGCCACUCUUGGCUGCCGUAGUCCUCGGACUCGUAGUAGGAAACAUACUGAUGGAAGUGUUUCCGAACUUCUUAUACCACAAGGUCAUCGCUCUUGCAGUAUCGACUUGGACAGCAGCGUUGCUCUCUUUCCGGACGGCCAAACUAGGCUUGCCUGAGGUAUUCGAUAUUCGCAUCUGGAUCUCAGAAUCUUUGCCAAGAUUCAAACGGAGCAAGAGGCCGUCCGAUUCGACCGAAUCAGUGAAUAUCAAAGGCGUACCGUCUGAGCUUAGGAUUCACUUGUCCGUCGACGAGAUUUACCACGCCUACAAUGGCGCAAGUGCCGACGAAGAGUUCAGCCAAAGUGAACUUCAGGCGUUCUGCAACAAGCUACGAGCUGCCCCUAGGGAGGAUCGGUAUCGGAUUUUGCCUACCGGCCAGCCCGGUGACCAGAUCACAGCCAUACUACUAUCAUGCACUCACGACAACCUCUCCAGAUUAGCUAUGCAUGCGUUUCCGACGAUGCCGUUCCUGGUACAAAGGAUUGUCUUGGCGUGGAAGAAUGACUUAAUUAAGGUCUUCAUCGUCCCAAUGCAAUCGAUUGCAGCAGUCGCCACCGACCUUCGGGCAAUUUCACAAUACGAAAAUGGUCGAUUGACUCUCUAUAUUGCUUCGGACGCGAAAGGUUCAACAUCUAGGCAAAUGAAUGUGAGCAGCAACUGCACCACUAUUGCCGAAACAUUACUGCAUUCUUGUUCGGAAAUGAUGUUUGGUAUGCCCCAUUCUCAAGCAGAGAUGACCGAGUCCAUUCUUGCGUGUCGUAUUGUCAGCAAUGAACGGCAUACGGUUUCAGAGUGCAGCAAACGCUCAAUGCCAGCCUUGAGCUCAGGACCCGAGGCGCUGGCUUUUGAAACGGCAUGCCGCAAAGAAUUGUUACGAAAUCUUUGCUUGGGAUUCGACUGUGAAACGCAAUGGGAUGUGCUUCCACUAGACAUACGUCGCCUCUUUCUCCGAAGAUGCCUGGGCGCUCGAGGUCCAUACACCAGCACGGAAAUCUCAUGGAUCAAUUUGAACGUCCCAGCAGAGGAUUCUUGUACGAUACUCUCCCGUGUUGCACGAUACGAUCUUGGUGCAUAUUUGGCGGUCAAUAAACUCAACUUUUUCAGAGACCGUGGAGAUCAGGCCCUCGGCGAGAAAGAAUAUCGACAGAUGACCGCCGAUAUUCAAGAGGCCUACCAUCCUGUACUGAAUCGCUCCGCAGUGUCUAUCAUCAGUAUAUUCACGGAGUAUGUCAGAGUUCCGAUCACUUAUGUCUACCACACAGCUGGUACCUGGGUCAAAUUCUUCGUCCUUGCGUGCAUGGCUGAUCCGGAAUAUCAACGAGAAUUGAAUGGUGCUUUGAUCCACACGCCACAGUUCCUGGCCAAACCUGCAACUUUCAUCCUUACCGGCCUAUGGAUAUACAGUCGCGUUGCCAUGUCCGUUGCUCUCCCGUUCUUUCUAUACCAUCGCCGAAAAGAUGUCGCCGGUCUCGCAGGCACUGUGAAAGGCAGCUUGAUCAUUCAGAAGAAGAAUCGUCUGGUCAUUCGCAGUUAUGGGGAGACAGAAACCGCCUUCAUUCGGCCCAUUGAGAAUAACAGCUUCAAGCUGACCUUCUAUCAAGGCACUGCAAAACAGGAGCCAACCUGGGGUCAUACCAGGAUCACUCAUUACGACAGGGAAAUGCGGGUCACUCUACGCCAAGAGUUCAGAAACGGGAACGUGGUGAAUGAAUUUGCCUACGAAUAUACUUCUAAGCCACCGCAGCGAAAGAUCAAAAUUCCCAAGAUCAAGCAUAACAGAAUCCCGUUGAGUAGAAGCUGCAUUAGUGGCAGCGAUGAGGGGGCGAAGGUCUUGUACAACCACAAAGGCCACAUCGAAUCAGGCAGCUACAUCAAUCACGGGAAUCUAGUCCGCUUCAAGUACCAUUAUCGAAAGAACGCCAAGUAUGAUGACGAACUUUUGCGUGCGGAAUUUGUACUUCCCCACAUGUCAGCGAACGUUAGCUGGUGCGCUCCACCAGUCCGCCAUGCUGAGAAGAUGGAGCGGUGGAUUCCCACCCCCCGCGUACAUGAGGCUACUUUUGUCCAAGGUGCUGAUGUGUAUGAAUGUACAUGGCUCUAUGACCACAAAUUUCAUCCGACCAUUGCCACUAAGCUCAACGGCGAGUCUGUCGAAACCCCAGACAUGAUUCGUCACGAUUGGCUUGGCGUACUCAAAAAGCCUACACGCUGUACUUUCGCUGACGAGAAUCCUCUCCUCGAGUUUAAGUCAGCGUCUUCAAGUUUUAUGAGCAGAAUGUUUCGUAAUAACAUAAAAAGGCAGGAGAUCUCCACUUCAAGAGCUCGCUCGCAGCUUUGGAAAGCCUGGAAGAAACGCAACGAUUUAGACGGUGUAGUGAUUCGAUGGGUCGACGAAGAGCUCAUUCGGAAGGAAGCACUACUCAGACCAUAUUGGAGGCGCCGCGAUCGCGGAAGCCUUCUAAAGGCUGAAGAUUACCUCGCCCUGCAUGCUGAUGCCAUUAUGGCAAGCUCGGAUUUGACGAGCGACAUCAGUGCUUGGACGCCUCUUGCCAUCCGAAUGAGUGAUCUAUUCAGCUUUGGUCAAGGAGGCGAUGCUGUGAUUUUCACGAGGACAAAGACACUACAGCGCGAUACGGACCACAAUCUCCACGUCAUUGCUGUCGACACUGGAACCUGGCCAAACGAAGGUGGUGGUGUAUCAGCAUGUCGUCGCGAUCUUAUUAACAACUUACGCACCAUCAGGUGGCACAUGGUUGUCGAGUCAGCGAACGACUUUGGUUUACCGAAGCAUCAGACCGAAGAAAAUGUGGAGUCUCUCAAGGUCAUCCCACUGUGGGGUCUUGACUUUAUGCACCCGUGUCACGGCAUGUUCACCAAUAAGCUGGACAGCGAAGUGGAUCACCUAGUUAAGGAGGCUACUAUUACCGACAUCAAGAUGAAUUUCAUUCCCACCUUGACUGCUCUCGUCCGUGGCGCCAGAGCUAUCAACAUGACAUCGGCGGAUGUAACGCAAGCCACAAGAGCCUUGGUCAACCUCAACACGUAUUUUCAAGAUUCCCGUCACUGGAAGGAAGUAUGGACUAGUGAUAUCGUGAAAGAUACAUGGAGAAAGCUGUGGUUGGCGGACGAUAUGCCCAAUGCGCAGCCGCCGUCGGAAUGGUUCCGCACCGAAUUGCCUACCCUAGGUCACUUUGAUACUGCGUUGGAACUGUGGUUCAGAUAUCUGUUCAUAUUCUCGAUUCCGAUACCUGAAAAGAUACCGAACGUCUUUCAAGCAUCCCAUCACAGUGUUUCGGCAUCAUAUGGUAUUGUGUGUAAGCUAAAGCGAAACUGCACGCUUCAGAUCUGGGAUCAUGCAAUCUCGUGGCGAGAGACAAAUCUUUACCUUUCGUCUGCCAUGUGCACUCUACCACCAUUUAUCCGAAACUCACUCCUCGGAUUGAUGAAGCUGACAUCCUGUUUGAUCCUGCAUCACGCCGAUCAAAUUCUUCCAUGUGCAGAUUUCUUCAAUCCUGGCUGGGAGGUGGAGAUCGGAAGCGCGAAAGGCCAACUCACCCACCGCAAUGUCUUCCGCCGAAAGGUCGACCCUAUCGUAAACGGCAUCACCGACAUGCAGAAAUUCUCACCAGUCACUGAGAUCAAAACAAAGACGCCGACUGUCACUAUGCUCUCUCAUGUUUGGUUUGCGAAGGACAUCAAGACUGCUCUUCUUGCGGCGGACAUCAUCAGCAAUGAGUGGGGCUUUAAGGACUACAAACUUGACAUUUACGGCGCGCUCAAUAAGUCUCCUGUCUAUUCUUCAGAAUGUCAAGAGAUCCUUGCCUGUAAAGGACUCGGCCAAAGUGUCGCGCUUCGGGGCUCCGCUGACCCUGCUAUGGUGCUGGCAGACUCCUGGCUUUUCCUAAACUCAUCAGUCUCGGAGGGCCUACCUCUCGCACUCGGCGAAGCUGCCCUUACCGGAGCUCCGGUGGUAUGUACCGAUGUUGGUGCUUCUCUUCGAGUUCUUACAGAUCCCGAUGAUGGUAUGCGGUAUAGCGAGGUUGUCGCACCGAACGAUGCGUAUGGUUUAGCACGCGCACAAAUCAAUCUUCUCGCCAUGCUAGACGAAUGGGCAGAAUACGCAGAAGACGGCCCGGGGAUAUCAGCACCUGUGCUCCCACCCAAGCCUACGCUGAAAGAUGUAAAAAUCAUCACUCGCCGUAUGUAUGAAAAGACCGAGCAGCGGCGAAAACUUGGUAUGAUGGCACGUAGCAUCGUCCAGAAAUCUUUCGGAGGCGAACGCUAUCUUCGCGAACACGAACAAAUGUUAUGGAUUGGCAAGGCCUGCUAUGAGAUGCUCGGGCUCGAAAAGCGGACUCCGCCACCUAGAAACCCGGCACGGAUGCUUUCACUUCGCCGUCGAAUUCCACGAGAGCAACAAACCGAUACAGCAUCAAGCAAUAUGCUCGACGCACAGAUGGAGAAGAUGCUACAUCCGCGCCCAUAUUUACCAAGGCGUACUUCGGCCACCACGUCGUUCUCAUCAGUGUACAUCGAUCAGCCAUCCGGCUCUUCAACAUAUUCAGAUCCCAUCUGGGAACACGAAGAUUGGGACGCCGAUCCCCCGGGGUCCCCAAAAUCAGAAAAAAGCGAGGAUAUAUGGCCUACUCCAGUCCUAAUGCGUCCGCUUAAAAGCUACUCGCGCACUCAAGCUAGAUCCAAAGUACCGAAAUCGCCCGUAGCAAGGGGUAAGCGACCUAUUCAACACGAAUACGGUGGAUUUGAUGGUACAUUAGACUUCAGCAACACGCCUUUGAGCCCAAAGAUGGAUCCUAGGAAGGCUGUGCUAAUGAGGCAGAGCAUGGCGGGUUCGGAUAGUAAGAGGAGUAGUGUCAGGGCGAGGAGUCAUUUGAAUGAAAUGGAAAUUGCGGAGUACGGAAACGCAGAUGGACGGCUAUGA